GGUAGGUGUGCGGGGGGGAUUUCAAGUUCCGCCGGGCAUUGAGUGGUUGAAGUUCUCGGGGAAGGAACGGUCCCUUAUUCUGCGACCUGAACCUGCCUUCCUUCCUCCAUCGACGCGUAGGUACCCACCAAACCACGGUUUGCGAUUAAUCGACUCCAUCUUCUCCAAUUGUUAGAAGCUGAGGAGCGAUCGUCGCCCGCUCAGCUCUCCAAAUCUCCCGAAAACGCUCCCCUUCACGGGUUUCCGAAUUCGCUAACUUCGGAAAGCCAAACUGAUCGAAACCGCCAUUGACGCAAGGUGUCAGGCUUGGUAAACAGGCAAGUCAAAUCCUUUCCUUCGAGCCAUUGCAAAUCACAGAAGUCGCCAUCUGUCUGUUCCACGAUGGACACCGAUGUUUUCAACGCCCGACUUUCCCCCACCAACCACCUCAACCCAAAAAACCCGAGGACAAACCCACAAGUCUAACAGGUCUCAGUUAUUCCAGUGGCGAUGGGGAAAAUUGACUUUUCCGGCAACGGCGCCGACAGGGAUAGCGAUAGCGAUCGGCCGGCAAAGAGACUUCGCGCAGCAGCAACCCAGCUGGACGCACUCGGCUCUGCCAAUUCGACCGCACCCGCCAUCAACCCUUUUUCCUCUGCGCGGGAGGUUCCAGUCUCGACCAAUCCCUUUGGCUCAACCGACCACCCCUUGUUCGGCAGGCCAGGGCUGUCGAACUUGACUCCUUUUGGAACGAGCGCGAGCCAACCUCGGCCUGAAACAUCUUCAGUUCCCAGCGACUUUCUCGCCGACAACGCAGCUGUCGCUGGCUCCAGCCCUAGAGCCGAAACCGUCCUCUAUGGGUUGCAUCGGGCAGAAACCGUCUCGGUCAAGCACGACGAGUCGACGACCGGGCAAGAAGGAGGCAAUAAUGUCGGACAAGAGCCUGGGGAACAGCCCAGCCCUGAGAACGGUGCCGAGAUCGUCCAACCCAAGACCGAGGAGGACGCCGUUACCAACCCCAUCGAGUCAUUCGAUGACCACGGGAACUUGACUCUGAUUGUUGGAAAAGCAAACGCGCAGGUGAAUUUCCGCGUAUGCUCAUACUCCCUCAGGCGCGUAUCAGCCAGAUGGCAUGACCUACUCUAUGGCCCGUCGUCCGAUCCCAAAGACAGGGAAGGGCUGCAUGGCUGGGUGGUUCGUCUACCAGAGGACGAUCCGGAGGCCAUGCGCAUCGUCCUACGGGUGGUUCAUGGCGACUUAUCCAACAUGCCGGUGAUCUUAUCUCAAGAUGCGCUUUCCCAUCUGACCGCCCUGUGCGAGAGGCACAACAUGGUGGGACUUUUGAAACCGUUUUGGGGCGGUUGGGUAGACAAAUUGCCUGAACCAACUCUCGAUCCCACCAUUUUCCAGCACCUGGGGAUCGCCAAGAAGCUUGGGCAUCUGCAAAGGUACAUGAACAUCCUGAUCAGGAUUCGGUAUUCGUCUCAGAAGCGCCCAGAUGGCAGGCUAUGCUUGGAGAGCCAUCCCGAUGUUGACCUCUACAAUGACCCUUACCUGCAAAAGUUAGGUAUUCUCAAGCCCUGGGAAAACGGUCGCCUAAGAAUGCUCCACGCGGUGAGCAUCGAACUACGAGCGGCCCUGGACAAACUCUUGAACCCGGCGGUCACCAACUGCUGCUCUUCCAAACGCCAGGACUGGCAACAGACCUGCGACUGCGCGAUGCUGGGGGGUGUAUACCGUGCACUCCACGGAAAGCACUGGUAUUCUGGCGGUGCCCAAAACUGGGAGCAAAGUUUGACGGUCAGUGUGCGUCAACUGGUCGCCAUGAUAGACGAGAUUCGUACUGCGGCCGUCGGAGACUCCCGGAUGAGGAGAAAGCAGGGAGAUGCACACAUGGCUUGCACUCCGUGGACCCCCAUCUGCCUGACUGACAUUAUACGGAUGUCUGCGUGCGAGAUUAGCCCAAGUGGUAAGGCAUACUUCGAAAGACGCGCCAAGAAAUCCGGCCUUGACGUUCUGGCUCCCGAGCCGUAUGUCAUCCCGGCUGAAGACAUGUUGUCACCUGCACAACCGCUCAGCAACGCUUCCGGUUAGAAGUUUUCAAACAUUCACAUAUCCGGAAACGCGGAGUCUACACGGCCCCGAGGUCCUUAUCUUUUGUUGAACAUUCGUGCAUCUUGGCCAGCUUGUUGGCAACGUUCAGAAUUGACAUUUGAGGUCUUCCUGUUACCUGUUCUUCCCUGUGUUCGUGACACAGGUAACGAGUCGGUAGAGAAUGCCUUAACAACCG